AUGAACGAGGCCAACUACGACAUCUACUCCGGCGACGACGCGCGCGAUCGGCUCGUCAAGAGCGCGAUUGACAAGAUCGGGCACGGCAAGCCCAUCGUCAUCAUCAACCUCCUCCGCUUCAGGGAGUCCGCGGACUACCAAGGUCUUACGCAUGCCCAGACGUCGGAACUGGUGAAGCAGGAGCCGCACUGCAGCGGCCCGGACGCCUAUUACAAACGCUACGUCCCCGUGUACAACGACGUGUGCAAGAAGUAUUUCGGGAAAGAGCAUGGCGCGAGCCAGAAGAUCCUGUACCUGGGCAAAGAGAUGCUGCCGCUGCUGAACCGCGGCCGCGUGCCGGUGGAAGAGGGAGAUGAGCGCUACUGGCAUGCGGUCAUCAUGCUGCGAUAUCCGAGCUUGGAGGCGGCGAUGCAGUUCAUCAAGACCGACGAGUACUGGCAGGCCAACGUCCAUCGAGUCGCCGCGCUGGAGGACAAUGUUGCUUGGGUCACGGAGCCGAUUGAGGUUGCAACAUAA